GAAGAAGUUGGGUCACAAGGAAGCCUUGGAGCGACCCACAAAGAGAUUCUCAUCGUCCAGCCCAUCACCCAUAACAACCAAACAAAAUGCAAGCUUCAAAAUUGUCACAAAACUAAGUCAAUAGUUAUGUCCAUUCUCUUUGUCACAUUGCCUUAGAGACCAGUUUUCAUCAAAGACUCAAAACUAAGUCACUGGAGCCACAUGCUAUUUAAAUCCACCCCCUCUCCUAUUUUCCCUUAGAAAGCAGCAUUGUCAUAUAGGACUUAAUAAGAUGGUUUUUAUUUCUGCCAAAAUUCUCCAAGAAAAACUAUGUCAACUCUUCUUGCUCGUCUCUCUGCUCUCAACACUCAUACUGAUAUGUGGUGCUUCACGUGCUACGCCGAAGGCAGAUCUCGCCACUGGAGAUUACCUGGUUGGUGUCGGUAGUUACGACAUGACAGGCCCAGCUGCUGAUGUGAACAUGAUGGGGUAUGCUAACAUGGGUCAGGUCGCGUCGGGGAUUCACUUUCGCCUUAGAGCUCGAACAUUGAUUGUGGCUCAGGGAUUCGAGGGCCCUAGGAUUGCCUUUGUGAACUUGGAUGCAGGCAUGGCCUCCCAGUUAGUGACUAUUAAAGUCCUUGAAAGGCUUAAGACUAGAUAUGGUAAUGUAUACACACAAGAUAACGUGGCCAUUAGCGGGACCCACACCCACUCCGCGCCAGGUGGCUACCUUCAAUACCUGCUCUACGUGCUGGCCUCAAUGGGCUUCUCUCCCCAAUGCUUCGAUGCAAUGGAGAACGCCAUAGAGGAGAGCAUAGUUCAGGCUCACAAUACCUUAGCUCCAGCUUCUCUGCUCAUCAACAAAGGAGAUGUGGAGAAUGCGGGUAUAAACAGGAGUCCUAGUGCAUACUUGUUCAAUCCUGCACAAGAGAGGGCCAAAUACCCUCAAGAUGUGGACCCUGAGAUGACCCUCUUAAAGUUGGUGGACCAAAAAACAGGUGCACCACUUGGUGCUUUCUCAUGGUUUGCGACCCAUGGGACCUCCAUGACUAAGGAAAACAAACUUAUUAGUGGUGAUAACAAAGGGGCAGCUGCUAGGUUCUUUGAGGACUGGUUCACAACACAUGAAGGGCCUUCUCCAACUUCUCCCUCUCCGAACCCAGGUGAAGUUUUCUUCUUUUUAUCAGAAUCAAAUGAGUCAAUAGCAGCAAUAAAGGCAACAGGAGGGGAGGCAUGCAACAAUGAGACAAGUAGACAAUAUAGAGUGAGAAAAUCACAGAAGUUUGUGGGAGCAUUUUGCCAAUCAAAUGUGGGAGAUGUGAGCCCUAAUGUAUUAGGAACAAUUUGUAUUGACUCUGGCACGCCUUGUGAUUUCAACCACUCUUCUUGCAAUGGAAACAAUCUGCUUUGCGUUGGAAGAGGGCCAGGUUACCCAGAUGAAAUAUCGAGCACUAAAAUCAUAGGAGAGAGGCAAUUCCAAAAAGCAGUUGAUCUUUUCACUACAGCAAAGGACCAAAUAUCAGGAAAAGUAGAUUAUCGCCAUGUCUAUGUCAAUUUUACAAAUAUUGCUGUGGAAUUGGAGAGUCAAGAGGUCGUGAAUACAUGCCCAGCUGCAUUGGGGCCUGGCUUUGCUGCUGGUACCACAGAUGGCGGUGGAAUAGAAGGAUUUCAACAAGGAGAUACAAAGAUCAGUGAAAAAUGGAGGAGGACACGGGAUUCAUUGCAUAAACCAAGCCAAAGUCAGAUUGAUUGCCACAAGCCCAAGGCCAUUCUCCUUGAUGUUGGAGAAAUGUUCGAACCUUAUCAAUGGGCGCCAGCAAUUCUUCCCAUCCAGAUCUUAAGGAUAGGUCAACUUGUCAUACUGGCAGUGCCCGGAGAACUUACAACAAUGGCGGGCAGGAGAAUAAGAGAAGCCGUCAAGGAUACGCUGGUAAACCAAGGAAAAGGAGAAUUCGAUGAAAAUACCCAUGUUCUCAUUGCAGGACUCGCGAACACCUAUUCGCAAUAUAUUACCACAUUUGAAGAAUAUCAACAACAAAGAUAUGAGGCUGCUUCCACUCUAUUUGGCCCUCAUACGUUGUCUGCAUACAUCCAAGAAUUCAACAAGCUUGCCGCAUCAAUGGCAAUAGGAGAAAAUAUAGGAAAUGAAGGGCCAUCACCUCCGGAUCUAUCUUCAGUCGAACUAAUCCUUGUGAAACCACCAACAGGUGACAGGAAACCGUCAAAUGUUAACUUUGGUGAUGUAAAGAAAGACGUCGGUUCUGAUAACGUUAAGAGAGGCCAAAUUGUGAGCGCAACCUUUUGGAGCGGCAACCCAAGAAAUGAUCUUUUAACAGAAGGCACUUUUGCCGCUGUCGAAAUGCUCAGUAGUGAUCAGAAAACAUGGGUUCCAGCAUAUGAUGAUGAUGAUUUUUCAUUAAUUUUCAAGUGGAGUCUGGAAAAUACUACUGACUCUGGUUUAGCCACUAUUCAAUGGGAAAUACCUCAAACAGCUGCUCUUGGAGUUUAUAGGUUGAGGCAUUUUGGGUCUGCAAAGAGCCUAACAGCCUCUUCUCUUGAAUAUUUCACUGGUACUUCCAGUUCUUUUAAGGUCUCUUAA